AUGGGCCUAAAGUUAACCCACCCACCGCACAAAGCUCAAAAUUGUGUGUUACGCCGCACUCCUACCAAACCAUUGUUUCAAUCGGAAGAGUGUACAAAUCCACUCGGCACACGGGCAAUUGUCGACAUUGAUCGUUUGGAAACGGUAAAGUCUAGUUCUCGAAGCGGCGUGAAGUUUUUCUUUGUGGAAAACCGGCGGCGCUGCCGAAGUGGGGGCGGCCGCAUCCACGACUGUCAGUGUCAGCGCCACAUAUCCGUGGUGUGCGACGGUGUGUGUGCACGUGUGUGUGUGCGUGCGUGGUACGGCCUGCGCGAGCGUCGCCACUCACCUCGUCCAGUCAUCGGCCGGCUGAGGUGGCGCCGGGCUGAAUCCGCGUUCCGUUCCUCUUUAUCCCUCGCGGCCGCUGUGACG